AUGUCGGAUUCGCAGCAAAAUUUUGCGCCCAUUCCUUCCCAUCCUACUGUGGAGGAUGCCGAUAAGGAUGGGGAUGAAAAAAAAGAUCACCAUCCCGAUGAUGCCACCAACACAGAUACUCUCCUUCCAGACGAGCUCGGUGUGAAACCUAAUGUCUCCACUGCCCAACGAUGGCGAACUGCAAGCAAGCGGGUUCGGAACCAUGCAGCCACGAUAGCCGAGAAGCUCGGACGACCCCACGAAAAUCAGGCCGAUGGUUUGGAUUCGCCGAUGUUACCGGAGAAUUAUGGAGCAACGGACGACAUCAAAGGAUUUGAAGCUCGCCAGGCAGCUGAUGAGGAAUCACGACUUCCCGGCACAGACUAUGAUGCACAAGCUCGUCUUUUAGUCGAAAGAUUGGGGUUGGAACCCGAGCCUCGGCGUCCACGCUUUGAAGAACCACGUUCCGGUGCGACGACACCAGGAACCCCAGAUGAACAUGGGACAGCAACGCCCGGUGGUCCACCGGGAGGGUUGCUAUCGCAAUUACUUCGUGUCUAUGCCAGUAAUCUCCACACGGCGAGUCGGAUGAGCGUGGUCUCCACGUCGUCAGAAACCGACCUCGAUACAGAGAGCAUGCCACCAUCUGGCACAGUGACACCAGGUGGAAAGAACGACAAGUUAAAAUGGUACAAAAAUGCCGGCCAUCGAAGACCAAAUCACAGCUAUACUUCUUCUCUCGUUCAGGCAUCUAUGGACAUGGGUCGGGUCGGGGUACCCACAGCGACGGGUCCCCCACCUGCGAAUCCCAAAGAACGCAAGAAGCAGAGGCGCAAGAGCAAGAAAAGCGUCAAGCUCACCGUGCACAUCGCCGCUCUUCUUGCCCGUCAGCAGUACAUUAUGCAGCUAUGCCGUGCUCUGAUGAAGUACGGCGCCCCGACCCAUCGACUCGAAGAGUACAUGAUGAUGACCUCGAACGUGCUGGAAGUCAAGGCCCAGUUCCUGUACAUUCCAGGAUGCAUGUUCAUGUCAUUUGAUGACCCGUUGAUACGCACCGCAGAGGUGAAGAUUAUCCGCGUGAUACAGGGACUGGAUCUAUCCCGACUCGCGGAGACACACAGCGUCUACAAGAAUGUUGUACAUGACCUCGUCGGCGUCGAACAAGCCACCAACGAACUUGAUCAGAUCAUGCAGCGCAAGCCGCGCUAUAAUCGCUGGCUAUUGGUCUUCCUAACUGGCUGCGCCAGCGUCGCCGUCGGGCCGUACUCCUUCAUGGCGCGGCCCGUCGACCUACCCAUCAUUUUUGUGCUGGGCUGUCUCGUGGGCUUCAUGCAGCACAUUAUCGCGCCGAACUCGGCGACCUACUCGAACGUGCUGGAAGUCUCCGCCGCAAUCCUUACUUCCUUCAUCGCGCGCGCUUUCGGGAGCAUUCAGCACAACGGCGAGCGGGUCUUCUGCUUCUCAGCAAUGGCACAGUCCUCGAUAGCUAUGAUCCUUCCCGGAUUUGCCGUACUAAGUAGCAGUCUCGAGCUACAAUCGCACCAAAUGAACGCAGGCUCGAUCCGGCUCGUGUUCACAAUCAUUUACUCGCUCUUCCUCGGGUACGGAGUUACAGUCGGGACAACGAUCUACGGAUUGAUGGACCAUAACGCGACGAAUGAGUCGACAUGCUCGGGUCUAGAUGUAUGGGGCAACGAGUAUAUCCAGCGAUUCCCAUUCGUCGCGCUCUUCUGUCUCUUCGCAGCACUGAUCAAUCAGUCCAAGCCUAAACAGCUCCCUGUGACCAUCUUCAUGGGAGUCUGUGGCUAUGUUACGAACUACUUCAGUACGAAGAAACUCGGCUCGAACCAGGUCGCUAAUACCGUCGGCGCAUUCACGAUUGGUCUGCUGGCCAAUUUGUAUAGUCGGCUGUGGCAUGGUCAUGCGGCUGCUGCUAUCAUCCCCGGUAUCUUCACCCUCGUCCCGUCUGGUCUUGCGUCCAGUGGAUCGAUUAUCUCCGGGUUGGAGUAUGCCGAGGCAGUGGCUUCUGGUAAUGUCACCAAUACCAGUGCGACGUCUAAUAGCUCGCUUACCUCGCUGGGCUAUGGUAUGAUCCAGACGGCGAUUGGUAUUUCGGUCGGGCUGUUUAUCUCGGCAUUGAUCGUGUAUCCGCACGGGAAGAAGCGGAGCGGUAUUUUCAGUUUGUAG